AUGGAUAAGAGUUGGAUUUCUAAUAAGAAUAGAUUGUCUGCCAAGUACAAUAAGGGAUCGCAAAAUUUCAUUAGAUUAUCAAGUAGUCAUCUGAAUGAGGAGAAUAAGAUUCGGUGCCCAUGUGUUAUGUGUAUGAAUUUAUACUUUCAUGACUUACAGACAAUUGAGCGUCAUAUUUAUGUAAAAGGGUUUUAUACUCGAUAUGUUAAUUGGGUACAUCAUGGGGAAAAUAUUUUAGAAGAAAGUGAUCAUGAUAAUGAUGAUGCUACUGAUGUCGAAGAUUUCAGUGAUAUUGGCGAUAAUAAUAAUGACGUUGACCAUGAUGUCAAUGAUGAUAUGAUCCCAGCAAUUGAAGACUUGGCUCAAGAAGUUCCUACACAUAAUGUGCAUAAAACAAUACCAAACAUGCUCAAUGCUUUUGAGAAUUUUGAGGAUUCAAGUGAUAAGGAGAAAUGGAAAAACUUCCAUAACUUAUUUGAUGAAGUAGAAAAAGAAUUCUUGAGUAUUAAAGGCUUCGACAUGAUUCUCGAGCUUCUUAAGGAUGCAUUUCCUGAUGAUAACAAAAUCCCAAAUUCUUAUUAUGAGGUUCAGAAAAUAUUGAGUGGUCUUAGUUUAGAGUGUGAAACAAUAGAUGUAUGUAAGGAUGAUUGUUGUUUGUACUGGAAAGACAAUAAAGAUGCUACAAAUUGUCCUAUAUGUGGUCAUGAAAGAUAUGAAUACACCGCAGCAGAUAUGAGGUGGCAUAAAGAAAAAUGUGUGGAUACUGAAGGUGUACUUAAACAUCCGGCAGAUGCAGAGGCUUGGAAUUUCGAUAAGCAAUAUCCUGAUUUUGCCAAAGAGCCUCGAAACAUUAGGUUGGGCUUUGCAACAGAUGGGUUUAAUCCGUUUGGUGAUUUAUCAAACUCAUACAACAUGUGGCCAGUAAUACUAAUGCCAUAUAAUAUGCCACCAUGGAUAUGUAUGAAACGGGAAUCCUUAAUGAUGGCAGUACUUAUUCCUGGACGUCGUGCUCCAGGUAAGGACAUAGAUACAAUUAAUGAUUUCCCUGCAUAUGGUACUGUGUCCGGCUAUAGCACUCAAGGGUAUAAGGCAUGUCCAGUUUGUGAGGAUGACACAUCUUCAUUUCGAGUUAGGGGUAAGAUCUCUUACAUGGGACAUCGUCAAUAUUUGUGUGUUGAACAUCAGUGGCGCAAUGAUAAGGAAUACGAUGGUACAAUUGAAACACGAAAUCCCCCUCAAGAGUUAACAAGUGAUGAAAUUUUAACUAAAUUAGAUGGUAUGUGGAAAUGUAGGUCGGGUAAAAAUGUUGAUAUUGUAAAAGAUGAUCAGAAUCAAAUGAAGAAUGCAGGCUAUGAAAAUAAAGCAAAUUGGAGGCGUAAAAGUAUUUUUUGGGAGUUAGCAUACAGGCCUAAACUUAAACUAAGACAUAAUUUGGAUGUGAUGCAUAUUGAGAAAAAUAUAUGUGACAGUGUGGUUGGAACAAUGUUUAGCAUCGACGGCAAGUGUAAGGAUACCGAUAAGGCACGACUUGACUUACAAGAUUUGAAAAUUCGUAAGCAAUUGCAAAUGAAGAAACGGGGGAACAAGUGGGUGAAACCAACGGCUUGCUAUACAUUAUCGAUGAAGGAACGACAAACUAUUUGUAAGUUCUUGGAGUCUGUUAAAUUUCCAAAUGGAUAUGCAGAAAACUUGUCUCGAAAUAUAAUUAUGAAAGAUGGGAAGAUUACUGCGGUCCACUUGCCAAAGGAAGCCAAGUUAGGUGGUCCUGUCCAAAUGCGAUGGAUGUAUUCAAUUGAAAGGGAAAUGGGUCAUUUGAAAAAAUAUGUAAAGAACAAAGCUCGGCUUGAAGGUUCCAUUGCUGAAGGAUAUAUAAUUAGUGAGGCAUUAAAUUUUUUUUCUAUGUAUCUUCAUGGGAUAGAAACUCGUUUCAAUUGUCCAGAUCGAAAUCCAGAUGAUGUCGGAGUAAGAAGACAAUCAACAUUAUCCAUAUUCAACUUACCAACUAGACCAUUUAGAAAACAAUCAUCAAUCAGAAUAAGUGAAGAUGAACGAAAUAUGGUUCAUUGGUACAUUCUGAAUAAUUGUCCUGAAUUGGAGCCAAAUUUGGAGUAA